AGUCCUCCUAUUAUCUCCUCGAGAUGGCCGUGGUCGUCUGUUGCUGCUGCCUGUCUUCGCGCCCAAUGCCAGGUGGUGCUUACCGGCAUUCCGAACCAUCUCCGGCACAAAACCACGCCAGAACCAAUGCUUCCGCAAAACAUGGAAGGAAGGACAUAGUACAUGUUGGUGGUGAAAUUAUUUUUAAACAAUUAUUGGAAGUAAAAGCAUUGCUGAAAUCAGAAAAGCUUGGUUUUCUUUCAUUUGGCGGGGAGAAAUUCAUGUUUUCCUUCAGUAACUCAUCUAGUAGAAAUCAGAUAUUGUUUGAGGCAAGCCAAUUAUUGUCAACUUGCCAGUCCAUUUAUUCAUGGGCUGAUGGUUCACAAAUGUCUAAGUUUGAGAAAACUCGCUGUAUUGGUCGAAGAAGGCUACCAGAUUAUGACCAUGGCACUGUGGAAUGCUUAUUCCCUCAUCAGAACAUGUUACCAUUCAGGUUGCCAGCAGUGGCAUUUGUUCUAUCAAUUGUUUUGAUGUUGACUAUACCUUUUGAAGCUUUAGCAGAAACAUGCGAAACUGAGAACUCUGUUUUCAACAUGCCUCUACUGCUCUCUGUAGCUCUUGUAGGGGCUACAGUUGGAGGAUUGCUUGCUCGGCAGAGGAAAGGGGAAUUGAAGCGAGUGAAUGAUCAGCUCCGCCAGAUCAAUGCAGCCCUGAGAAGGCAAGCAAAGAUUGAGUCCUACGCCCCCAGUUUGAGCUAUGCUCCCGUUGGUAGUAGAAUUCCAGAUGAUGAAGUAAUCGUAGAUUCGAGAAAGCAGGAGCUGAUUUCACGAUUGAAAACUGGGAAGAAUUUCUUGAGAAACCAAAAUCCAGAGAAGUCAUUCAUGGAGUUUAAAGCAGCCCUUGAGCUUGCACAGAAUAUGGAGGAUCCCAUUGAGGAGAAAAAAGCGGCUCGAGGCUUGGGGGCAUCUCUGCAAAGGCAAGGGAAGUACCGGGAAGCAAUAAAAUACCACUCUAUGGUUCUGGCAAUUUCUGAGCGAGAAGGAGAGGAUUCUGGUGACACAGAAGCUUAUGGUGCGAUUGCAGACUGUUAUACUGAGCUAGGGGAUCUUGAGCAAGCUGGAAAAUUCUAUGAUAAGUACAUUGCAAGGUUAGAAGUGGACUGAUUUUUCUCUGUUUCAUAUGGUCUCUAUCCUUAACUAUAAUGUAGCUUGUCCAAAAUUAGUUGAGCUCUUAGUUUGGAUUUGAGGUUGGCACCUCCGGGGGAUAGUCCUUUUUUAGGUAUCUAAAAUGUAACUAAUCUAUCAGGUGUCUUUGUGCUAUGCACUCAUGAAUCAUUUGGGAAUCUUGCUAAUGUUGUGUAAUUGUAAAUGUAGCAUUAUGAUCUAUCA